AGGAGUCGCAGGCUAGCAGUAAUGCGCCGCAAGCGCGCAGUCUUGGAUCGCAAGAUUCUGGGUCAAAAGGAUCUCUAUCAUUUCCUGAGCCGCCCCCGCGAUCCCCCAGCGGCUCUGACAUUUCAAACAAUGGCGAACCGAUUCAGAAGGUUCCAGAAUCACCAUCAGAUGUCGGAUUUGGAGAAUACCCGGACUCUAGCGAAGGCAGAGUGAAAGAAACAGGGGGUCCUGCACUCUCAGCAGGCUCGUUUGAAUUGGGUGUAACGAAUGCUUCGGAAACAUCAGCACCGAGACGAGAGAGUUCGAGCUCGAAUAUCACCACUUAUACCGAUACCGACAAGCGAGGCGCGCCUCUCAUGUGGAAGAAAGGACAAAUGAUAAGCAAAGGGUCACAUUGCCGGGCCUAUCUAGGCAUCAAUAUGGUAACUGGAAAGCUCCUUGUAGUGAAAGAAUAUGCCGUUAGAUCAAAAGAGGAGCAGAAGCGACUGGCCCUGGAUAAGGACACCUUCUUCAAGCUCGACCACGUUAACCUUGUCCAGAUCCUGGGUCUAGAGGAAAGCAAAAGUAAUUUCAUAGUGUUUGAGGAAUACGUGACAGGCUCUUCCCUUAGAUCCCUCAUGCCAAAAGAUGGCAAGCUCGAAGAUUCUGUCAUUCGUAGCUUCGCUAGACAGACGACAGCUGCGCUUGCAUAUCUACAUUCGGAAGGCGUCCUCCAUAGGAACCUCGAGGCAGAUGAAAUACAGCUUAAUACAGGAAACGGUACCUGCAAGCUGUGUCUCAAUUUCGACACCUCCAGGACCAGUAAUUGGCCUGACAAAGAGUCCUCCGCGAUAGGUGCCGGAACUUGGCUGGCGCCAGAAGUUGUCCGUAGUUCAGGGAACGGCUACUCAGCUAAAGCCGAUGUAUGGAGUCUUGGAUGCUGCGUGCUGGAGAUGAUGGCGGGCGAUAGACCGUGGUCUCUAGGUGCUAUCUAUAUGCCUCCCAGCCUAGCACCGCCGAUACCCGACGAUGUGGCAGCAGAGGCAAAUACGGAAGGCAUUGCGUUCAUUUACGAUUGCUUCACGAUUGAUCCUUCUGAACGCCCUAGCGCGGACACGUUACUUCGCAACCACCCCUACAUUGAGAUUGACCCAACUUACGAUUUCCUUCGUACCGAGCUGUAUGCCAAGAUCAAG